CCCGCCGCCGUCGCCGCCGCCGCCAACGCCAGCUCACUCACCACAUCAUCCAUCGAUCAACCCCGCCAUAAUGCGUGCUGCCACCGCUCUCAUCGCUAGUCUCGUCGCCGUCGUCGCCAAGAACCGUGGUGCAUCGUACACCUCCCAGCCCGGAUCUGGCUCCGGGUCGAACUCGACUUCCCCCUCGAACUCGACCUCCCCUUCGAACUCCACUGCCCCCGCCAACGGCACCAACUGCGCUAUCUGCCCCGACUCCGUCCCGUACAACCAGACCACGCUCUACCUCGGCGAGGUUUACAAGCAGAACUCGACCAACGACCUCUACUGCGCCUUCCUUGAGAAGGCCCUGCACCCCCAGUCGGCUGCCUGUGCUUUCUACCCCAACGGUACCGUCUUGGAGGACCCCAAGAAGGUCUGCCCCCAGACUAGCCUGGGCAACUGCACUGCUCCGGCCGCUGGUUACGGUCUCGACUAAGCGUCAGCACCUACAUUCGCGACGAGUGGUAUCCCACAUCCGCACCACGCAUCAUCUCCUCACCCAAUUUCACCCUUCGUUUGGCUGGCACACACCUCUUACACUCGUACCGCUUUCGAUUAUUGACCCAGCCCUGUGGACUGUAUUUACCUUCCUUUGAGGAUACCAUUCGCUUACACCCCAAUCCGAUAUCAUGUGGAACGUGAACACUUCGUACGUACGGUAGCGCUAUCCAAUGCAUGCUGUGCGCCCUGUGACUUCGCAAUCGUCGUUCGCUUGGGUUUGGGGCGCAUGCCGAAAACUUGGACCCUAACCUUUGUUAAGAAGAAGGGUCCACGAGGAAUCCGC